GAGAUUAAAAUUAAAAUAAGUGUCUAUGAGUGAUAAUUUAUAUUUAAUUUAAUUAAUUUAAUUCCUAUAAUUGAGUGAUAUUUAAUUAUUUAGCAUGUCAAACGAUAUUUAUAAUUUUAAUGAGGAAGAUUUACUGAUGUCAACGGAUGAAGAGGAUUUUUUGUUGGGCGAUACGGAGCAAGAAAAUGGCAUCUACGAGGAAAGUAAAAUUCCAGGCUUCACUCAGAACCAACAACCGCGAACCAAUCCGGCUACCCGUCAAGAGAUUGAAGAAGCUUUAAACAAACAUUUGCAGAAUCAGCAAAAUUUGAAGAACCUGAGGAUUUCAUCCGUUGAAAACAUCAAUCUGCGCAAUCAUGGCAAUAAUUUUGGCGAUACUAGUUCUUCAAGUAAUGCUCAGGACAUUGACAGUCCAGUGGACCUCAGUAAAGUCAAUAGUUCAAGCAAUAACUCUGGCGAAAUAACUGAAGUUCAUAAUACACCUGAAUUCGGCGCUCAAGACACCUUUCAUAGUUUCAACAUUUCAGCUAACCCUCACGGCUUCGGCGUUCCAAGCAACUCUCACGGCUUCAGCGGUUCAAGCUACUCUCACGGCUUCGGCGUUCCAAGCAACUCUCACGGUUUCGGCGUUUCAAGCAACCCUUACGGCUUCGGCGUUUCAGGGGACUCUUACAGUUUUGGCGUUCUACCUAACCCUCACGGUUUCGGCGUUCCAAGCAACCUUUAUGGUUUCAGCGUUCCAGGCAACCCUCAUAGUUUCAGCGUUCCAAGCAACCUUUAUGGUUUCGGUCCAGGCCACUCACCUGGUUUCACUGCUCCAACCAAUAAUUAUGACAGUGUAAGGGGCGCUGUAAACUCUCAAAGUGUUGUUAGCGGAACAGACAACCCACCUAGUUUCACUGCUCCAAACAAUAAUUAUGACAGCGUAAAUGGCGCUGGCAGUCUCCAAACUAUUGACGGACCAGGAGAUUCUGAUAGUACCCCUACUUUAACAAAUAAUUCUACCAACAUAAGGGGCGCAGUCAACUCACAGAGUAUUGUUAGCGGACCAAGCAACUCACCCGGUGUCACUGCUCCAAGCAGUAACUCUGGCGGCAUAAAUGGCGCUGGGAGUUUCCCAACUGUUGACGGAUCAGGAAAUUCUGUCAGUACCCCUGUUUCCAGCAAUAAUUCUAACAGCGUAAGAGGCGCUGUAAGCUCGCAGAGUUAUAGUGGACCUGAACACCCACCUGGUUUCACAGCUCGAGGGAACAAACCGGUAAAACGGGGAAAGAAUUCCGGCCGACAAAAAAGGUUCCGGAAUAGAAUAUACCAACUUUAUCAAAAUUUUGACAAAAACACUAAAAAUUUACAACCGACUGUCAAUUACAACUCCGGUGGUGGGAACUUUUACUUUUAUAAUACAAAAUAAAUUUGAUUUCUAAUUAAUUCUAAAUUUGUUUGUAAUGUUCACUAUGUUGUUGAAAUAUAUAAAAAAUUAACUUA